AUGGGAGAAAGACGUGACUAUAGUGGAUCCUCUGGGGAGCCUCAACAACAUCAUGAUGCUGACGAGGCAGAGAAAAGUCUCUCCCAAUCAGAACUCCUCAAGAAACACCAGCAGAGACCCACAGGAAAGAAAUCUCACCGCUGCUCUGACUGUGGGAAAAGAUUCAACUACUCAUCACACCUUAAAAUACAUCAAAGAAUUCACACAGGAGAGAAACCUUUUAGCUGUGAUCAAUGUGGGAAGAGUUUUGUUAAAUCUAGCCAACUGACUCAACACCAGAGAACACACACAGGAGAGAAAUCUUAUAGCUGUAAUCAAUGUGGGAAGAGUUUUUCUACUUCUAGCUAUCUAACUGUACACCAUAGAACACACACAGGAGAGAAACCGUAUAGCUGUAAUCAAUGUGGGAAGAGUUUUUCAACUUCUAGCCUCCUAACUAUACACCAUAGAACACACACAGGAGAGAAACCGUAUAGCUGUAAUCAAUGUGGAAAGAGUUUUUCUACUUCUAGCCGCCUAACUAUACACCAUAGAACACACACAGGAGAGAAAUAUUAUAGCUGUAAUCAAUGUGGGAAGAGUUUUUGUCAAUCUAGCAAUCUGACAUUACACCAGAGAACACACACAGGAGAGAAACCUUAUAGCUGUGAUCAAUGUGGGAAGAGUUUUGUUCGAUCUGGCCAUCUGACAGUGCACCAGAGAAUACACACAGGAGAGAAACCUUAUAGCUGUGGUCAAUGUGGGAAGAGUUUUUCUACUUCUGGCUAUCUAACUGUACACCAUAGAACACACACAGGAGAGAAACCUCAUAGCUGUGAUCAAUGUGACAAGAGUUUUUCUACUUCUAGCCAGCUGACUAUACACCAUAGAACACACACAGGAUAGAAAUCUUAUAGCUGUGAUCAAUGUGACAAGAGAUACUCUGAAUAAAGAUCUCUGAUCAAAUAUCAGAAAAUUGAUA